AUGGAGGCCAGUGGUUCUGAAUUGCCAUUGGAAGUUGCAGAAGGGUUCUCGAAGAUCAUUGUUGUGGAUGAUAGCUUCUGUGUAACUUCCCCAACAGAAAUAACAGUGAGAAAGAAAUACUGCGGAGUGUUCUUAAAGCAAAGAUACAAAGUAUUAGAUGUUAACGGUAAUGUCUUGUUUCAAGUUGAUGGCUCAAGCCUAGACGUUCGGAAGAAGAGAAUCAUGCGUGAUGGUGGUGGUUCCCCCAUACUUACAAUGCGUGAGAAGAUUAAUCUGAAAUCACUGAGGCAUCGGUGGAUGGUUCACAAAGGAAGAAGCUCGGAGGAGAAGGAUCUGAUAUUUGGGGUUCAACGAUCGCACCCUCUUGACAUGAAGCCACGGCUUGAUGUGUUCAUGGCCACCGAUAUCAGCGAAGCUAUCAGCAGCUUUCAACUUGUUGGAAGCCACAUCGACAACUCCUGCAAAAUUUACAAAGGAGACACCGUCAUUGCUGAGGUAAUUGAUUUAUAUCCAAGGAACAAUUUCAGCAAUUGGACAGAAAGCUUUAGAGUCAAAAUAAAUGCAGGGGUGGACUAUGCUUUCAUUGUUGCCUUACUUGUAAUACUCACUGUAAAUGAUUACAUAUAAUUGUAGAAUACAAUACAAUUAUAAAUUCAAUUGCAUCCAUUUUUUAAAACAUGUUUUGGACAACACCUUUAAAAUAUGCUUAUAUAAAAAAAUAAGUAACAUUACAUAUAGAUCACUGGUAGAGAGAUCCAAUCACAUAUACAAUGAACUUGUUUAUUUUAAUAAAUUUGUCUUCUGACAAUUCCACCAGCUGUUCCUUCUCCAUCAAUAUGACAGAAAACGAAUUGUUAAAGAAUUGAUGAACCAACACAGUGAAUAAUUUUUUAAAUCCAUGAACGUGAUGUUGACUGAGAUCUGUUCACAAUAAUGGACAUCACCAACGACCAACUGGGAUUGUGGGCAAAAUUUGUCAACUUUCAAUAUUAAAUUAUAUU